UCCCUUUUGCCUAAUCGACUCCCUUUUGGGUGGGCUCUCUUGGUUUCGUCUCUUCCCCAUUGGCAGGGGCUUCUGGGCGCCCAUGGCUGGCUUGUCAUGAAUCCGCAGGGAGUGGGAAAUGCUAGCAGCCGUCAAAAUCCCAUUCAGCCGCUGCCGACCGACGUUGUGGCCCAGAUCAAGUCCUCUGCUUCCGUGACCUCAUUGACCGGAGUUGUCAUCGAGUUAUUGAAAAACGCUUUGGAUGCGAAUGCCACCCACGUAGACGUCACGGUCGACUUUGGGCGCGCAGCCUGUUCAGUCGAGGAUAAUGGCAUCGGUAUUGCUCCAUCCGAAUUUCGUCAGGAUGGAGGUCUCUGCAAACUCUAUUGCACGUCCAAAUACUAUCCAGGCCAGGCCUGUCUGGGCUGCAAUGGUACCUUUCUUGCCUCGCUCGCUGCCAUGUGUCUGAUACAUGUCGUCUCUCGUCAUCAUCAACAUCGCUCGCACAACUUGUUGACUCUUCACUACUCUAAAGUCAUCGACAGGCAGCUGCCUGCCCAAUCCCAAUACGACAUAAAUGCCCGUCAUGGUACCCGCGUGACUGUUCGUAAUCUGUUUGGAAACUUGCCCGUAAGGGUUAAACAGCGGGCCGCCUUGGUCGGGCAAAAGUCUGAAUAUGACCGUCUCUGGGCUACGCUGAAAAGAGACGUCACAGGCCUUUUGCUUAGCUGGACCCAGCCUGUAUCGUUGAGAAUUCGAGACGGUGAUGGCAAUACGCCGAUAAAUAUCCCACUAUCUACCAGUGCCCACAGCAGUCUCAGCCCAAGCCCGUCGAGAUUGAACUAUAUGCUCAAUCUCCUUACAAAAGCCAACUACAUAACAGUUGGUGACUGGUCAUCAUGGAUUCCAACCUCCGCAUCCACCUCCACUAUAUCAAUCAAAGGCGCCAUCUCGUUGGAUCCUGCGCCACACAAACACGUUCAGUUCAUCUCCGUUGGUCUCAGGAAUCUAUCCAUCGAAAGUGGUCAUAAUGAGUUGAUCGAUGAAGUCAAUCGCAUAUUCUCACUGUCUAGUUUCGGAGUUGUAGAAGAUUACAAGAGUGUUGACGCCGAAGAGAACGCUAGGCGCCAGAAGGACAACCGAUUCAAGCAUGACGGAUACACAAACAGACAGCUCACAGCACGGAAAGGGGUUGACCGGUAUCCAAUGUUCCAUUUCCGCAUAGCCUUGAAUAACGACAAAAACUCGACGCGAGCUGAGGACUAUCUACUUGAAAAUAAAAGUAGCAUACAAGCAGUGAUAGGGGUAUUGAACGCGAUGAUCACGCAGUGGCUAUCGGUGCAUAAUUUCCGACCCCGUAAAUCACGAGCAAACAAGACCGAUACAAACUCGUCUCCUACAAAUCAUAUGCCAAAGCCUCCCACUGGUUCGACUUCUGAGUUCAACACAAAUCAAUCUUCGUCAAGUGCACUUGAUAUUUCAUCUGAAAAUUCAGGCGAAUUACAAUCUCGUAAGAGAAAGAGAGAGACCCCUGUAAGAGCUGAACGUAUGAAAGACUCAAGCCUUCAUCCAUUUGCUCAGUGGUCACGAAUUAAGAGUGGGAAAGCAGACUUCUUCGAGACGUACAAAGAUGUAUCAUCUCGAGAUUCUACUCUCAUUCACGCUCCUGCUGCUUCAAUCUCGACUUUUAACAAGUGCCCAGUCGGAAAUGUAGAGGCUAAGAUAGCAGAGGAAAGAGACUCUCCGCAAACAACGACCGAAGAAGUCUCCGACCAGGUGAUCACACUAACAGAACCAACUACCAAACAGACUUUUCUACUCAACGCUCGUACAGGCGUUGUAUUGACACGGCGGCCUCCGACUAGACCUUUGAGCGCGACCCAUGCCAGUACGCUAAACGAAUACAGUGGACGUACGCGGCUCACGGACAGACCGCAUACUACAACUACAACCACCACAGCCAAUCCCUGGCUGAGCGCGAUUCUUCAGACUUGGCGUAACCCCGUUUUCCAACCUACGGAAAAGAGCAUAGAACAAGCCUGUUCUCAUGAAGACCUUUCCAAUCUGUAUCAAGCAAGUGCGCACGCUGCAGAUCAAUUCUCGUCAAUCACUGCAAGCAAGCUGUCCAAGACUGACCUCAAACGUGCCCAAGUCCUGGCCCAGUUGGAUAAGAAAUUUAUCCUUGCCAGUAUGCAAAAUUCUCGACACAAAUCAUCCAACCGUGGUCAUGGGAAUUACAAUGAACACAAAGUACUCGUAUUGAUAGAUCAACAUGCUGCAGAUGAACGUAUUCAGGUCGAAAUGCUGCUAUCUGAGCUCUGCAGGCCUCCUCUCUCAAACCAUUCGCACGCGGAGUACCGUUCACAGCUGGGCCACCGAUCCCGCGUGGCUUUUGUCAUCUUGGAAAAGCCAAUACGGUUCUCUCUCUCCGGCCAGGAGCAGCAACAAUUCAUCAUAAAUGCCGCUAAAUUCGCAGCUUGGGGUAUCUUGUUCAACGUUGAAGCUUCCUCGAGCAUUGCAGUCUCGGGGAGGCAACCAUCCGUCCUGUCCGUCACAACAUUGCCUCCAGCCAUCUCUGAGCGGAGCAAAGCAGAUCCGCAAGUUUUGAUUUCGUUCCUCCGUACAGCUGUGUGGAAAUAUACAGAUGCUGGGCAUUCCACCUCAAUCGCCAUGGAAGACUCUGCGGAUCCCACCGAUCAAAUAGCCCAACAGACAACCUCGUGGGUCAGGCAAUUAUCUACAUGCCCCGAAGGUCUCAUUGAGCUCGUUAAUUCACGCGCCUGUCGCUCGGCAAUUAUGUUCAAUGACGAACUGAGUUUGCAGACCUGCCAAGAGUUAAUAGAAAAGUUGGCUGGUUGUGUGUUUCCCUUCGUCUGUGCGCAUGGGAGGCCCAGUAUGGUGCCCUUAGUCGACCUGGGGACUGUGAACAUGGAGAGCAGCAUUAGAUCAGGCUCUAAGGAGGCGAAGAAUAAAUCGGGAUUCGUAUCAGCAUGGAAGAAGUGGAAGAGCAAUGAGGGAUGAAUCAACGCGGGAUAUAGUAUCUGUACGUUUGUUUCUGUUUCAUAGUCGUUGGUUUCAUGUUCUGCCUGAUACCCCGAGAUAUAUAGAUUGGUUGUAUUGCCACGAAUGUCGCUGCAGUUGCUUUUGAUCAGAUGUCGCGAGCGAACACACAUUGCAACUCGCCAAAUUACAUAGGCACCUUUUUACAACAUGAG